AUGACUUUCACUCCCGAAACCCUCCCCAAUCUCAAAGGCAAAGUAUUCAUAGUCACAGGCGGGAACUCUGGCAUAGGCUACCACACUGUAGCCCACCUGGCAGAACACGGCGCCCACGUCUACAUGUGCGCCCGAUCCCCAGAGAAGGGCACAGCAGCCAUCGCCAACAUCAAGGAAAUGCACCCCUCAGCCAACGUGGACCUCCUGCAAAUGGACCUCAUGAAUGUGGCCAGCGUCGUCGCCGCCGCUAAGCACUUCCUCGCCCGCGAAACAGCCCUGCACGGCCUAGUCAACAACGCAGGCAUCAUGGCAACGCCCUUUGAAAUGACCAAAGAUGGCCACGAGGCUCAGUGGCAGACCAACUACCUCGCGCACUGGGUUCUGACAGAGCACUUGCUUCCUGUGAUGCUGUGGACCGCCACAAUGCUUCCUCCCGGCAGCGUGCGCAUCGUCAACCUCACUUCGUCGGGCCACUUGGGCGCACCCAAGGGCGGCAUCAAUUUCAAGGACCUAUCGCUCAAGGAUAACGGGCCGUGGCAGCGGUACGGACAGAGCAAGCUCGCCAAUAUUCUGCACACCAAGACCCUCAACAAAAAGUACGGGCCCGGCUCUCCCAGUGCACGGAACGGGGAGGGCGAGAUCUGGGUUUCGUCCGUGCAUCCAGGUCUUGUUGAGACAAACCUCGCUGCGUCGGUGGGGAAGUCGGGGUCGGGCAUGAACGGCGCUUUCUCGGCCUUGCGCUUUUUUGGAUUCAUAUGGCCUGCCGAUAAGGGGUCGUGGUCUAAUUUGUUCUGUGCGGCGAGUCCGGAUAUGAAAGCGGAGCAGAGCGGCGCUUAUUUUGAAAUUUUCCGACGUUUUGGGGAGCCGAGGUGGCAGAGCAGUGCGGCGAAGGAUGACAAGCUUGCAGAGAGGUUGGAGGAGUGGACUGGAGAGGUCAUGAGGAAGGAGGGUUGGGUUCGGUAA